AUGGUCGUCGUAAUUUCGUUUCGAUUAGCUCAAUUACCUAUACUAGUACUGCUAUGUGCUCAACAAUAUGUGAAAGCACAUUCAUGGAUUGACUGUAUUGACACGAAUCGAGCUAAGCUGUACGACAAGAGUGAGUCGUACAUUUUCGGUGGUGCUGGUGGUAAUGGAUUUUGUGAAGGUUACGGAGCAGGUUAUCCUGGUCGUGGGGACAAUGGCAUUGGACCGGGGUACACUCACAAGAUGCUAAAGAAUGAAGUAGAUGCUGGUGCUUCUGUAUGCAUGAACGUUGACCCCAACUCGUACAAGGACUGGCGGAAGAGAAUUUCGCUGGUAGCCGGUCAAACGGCAUACUAUGCAUAUCUACCUAAUGGACAUAUUGUGAAAGACAAGAAAGCUAUUGGUACCCAGCACGGUAUCUACUGGACAGGCCAGCCAGGUUCUUCACUUAAAACAACACAUGACAUCAAGCCCGAGCGUUUGUUGAAUGGACACACGAUGAAUUAUGAUGAUGGCAAUUGUGGUGAGACUGUUGAUUACAAUGGCGUUCCCAGUGGUCGUGCGGGGGAUGGAAAGCCGUGUAUUGGAUCAUUUACUAUUCCACCAGGUACAGCACCUGGAAUUUACAAUAUGGUAUGGUAUUGGACUUUCUGGCUUGAUAAUCAAGAGGCUUACAAGGAUCAGAACAUGGCAAAGGGGUAUUUUGGUGCAGCGUAUUCGACUUGUUUUGAAGUUGAAGUGAAGCCUGGUGGUGCAGAUGCACCGCGUCCAGCCCCAGCCCCAGCAUCGCGUGAGGUCGGGGCAGAAGCUGGCCCGAUUCCUGCAUCUCCAUCUUGCGACAUAAAGACAUCAGAUGGAGAUGAUAAAGUUGGUAUUAAAGUUGUGACCGAUGUGAGCUGCAGUUCAGGAGGCCUGGGAUGCAUUAAUAAGCUUUGCCGAUAUUGUAAAGCUUCGGAAACCGAAAAGUCGAAGGCUUUUGUUGAUUGCUCUGCAAUCGCAUCAGCAGCUAAGCCGGGAACUGUGUCCCCGGCUCGUAAGUAG